AUGACGACACCGCUCGAAAACGGCUCGGAGACCAGAGUGACGCGGGAGGACGCCCUCCUGGCGAUUACCCGCCUCCAGCUUUGUGCCAACGAACUCAGCGAAGCCGAGAGACAAUGGCAGCCCGCAGCCACCUUGUUCGUGACUAAGUUAUUUGAAAAGGCAUCAAAGCUGUGCAUCGACGUUGACACCAUGUACGAGACCGAGCUCGACCUAGUGAAGGAGAUCCAAGCUCUCGAAGCGGAACUGCGGCGGGUUGAUGUUCGGCACGUGGAAAUAAACCUCAUGAACACACUACUCGAGCAAGAGGGGAAACUAGCUGCUGUCAGAGAUAUCAGCAAUGCUCUUGACUGGGUGCUGUCCCCCGACCGAGAGUUCUCUGCCAACCCAACGUCCUCGAACAUACCCGGCAUCCGUGAUUUGGAGGCCAUGAUCAAGCCCGGCAGGUUAUCGAAGGAGGAGCUGAGAGACUUCCAUUCGCAGGUACUUUCUAUGGCAAUCGCCAUGAGUGGGAAGACCGCCUCGCUACAAGUUUGUAUUGGGGACCGGAUGACGCGCAUCUGA